AUGAGGCGGUCUGGUGCAGCACAUUCAGUUGCCUGGACACAUCACAAACAAGAGAUGCAGCUGGGUUCCAGAUCACCCUCCAGUCCUAUCCCUUCGGGUUUAAACUGGGUACAAGGUGUUCAGAUAGAUGUUUGCGCUUCUCAGCGCAAAACGUAUGUGGCAUCGCGCAGAGGGGUCUUGAGGAUACCCAGAAAAAUCAAAUCGUUCAGUUUUAGCACCCUUUUGGUGACUAGCUGCCGUGCCAGCGAACGGGGGCACGAGGACUGGGAUACUGCCAGGUUAACCAAGCCUAGGCAGCAUCAGGCGAGAUGCUGA